AUGGGUAAGCGUAGAUGGGAUAGAAGAAAUGCUUGUUUUUAUUGUCAAGAACUUGUUACUAACUUUUCAAGACACCUUUUAAGAAAACAUCCUAACGAAAUAGAAGUAAUUAAAUACAAAUCUAUUAACGACGUAGAUCUAAAAGUAAGAAAGCAAAAGAGGCAAGAAAUAACGGACAAAUUAAGAAACAAGGGAAAUUUUAUACACAAUUCAAAAGUUUGUUUUGAUAGAGAUGGAGAGAAAACUAUAAUACCAGCUAAAAGAAACACCCAAGAAUCAAGUCCAUCAGCUUCUGCGACAUGCAAGACGUGUUUAGGCACAUUCAAAAGGUCAACCUUUUUCAGACAUUUCAAGAAGUUCGGUGCCGGUGCUAAUGAUCAUCUUACUCUGGGUUGCAGAAAAAGAGUUUUGUACAAUAACAGUAUCACUAUUAUACCUAAAUCUGAGACGGCAAGUAUAGAACUCAGAGAUAAAAUUUUGCCUCAUCUUCGUUCAGAUGAAUUUUCUCUCGUUGUGAAAAAUGAUCCAUUGAUUCUUGCAUAUGGCUCAAGACUACUUAAAAAGAAAAAAGAAAGAUUGCCUAUGCAGGUCUUACAAAAAGCGGUUGUUGGGACGCAGUUGAUAGAGUAUGAAAAUACAAUUAGAUCACAUAAUAAGAUAGAGACCGUUACUUCACAGUCGGAAAAUAUCAUAGGAAAACAAGAAAAUGAAAAUCCGAUCUCGGAGUUUGAAAACACAAAUACAUCACAAAUAAAUCUAAACAAGUUAGAAAUGAUUACUUCUCAGUUUGAGAAUUUCAUAGAAGACCAAAACAAUGACAGUUCUCACAGCUGUAAAAACGAACUAUCAUCAGAUGCAACCGAAAAUCUCAAGAGGGACGGCAAAGACUUCAAAGUUAUAAGUAAUGCUACAGUAGACUCUAACAAUGCCACCAAUUAUCUAGAAGUAUUAUCUGAAAAUAUUAAUAUAGACUCCGGUAAAAGAAGCGCGUUUCCUGAAAAUCAAAAAUUAAACCAUCAGAUGAAAAACAAAGAACAUGUAAAACUAAUUGAAAACAUCAAAAAGGAUAAUAAAGAGACUGAAUGUAAAUAUAUAAAACUUAAAACUAUAAAUGUAGAAGAAGCGCAUGAAAAUAAAAAGAUCAAAGUGAUUAAUAAUAAAAAUGUUAAACAAGGGAACCAAUUUGAAUCCAAAAAAUCAACAAAGUUUGUUAAACGAAAUCAAGUGCAAGUAUCUACUCAAACCAGCUUAUUCUCGGAUAGUGACCAAAAUAUUGAAGCUAACAGAGAUAGUGAUUUAGAGAAACUUAAAAGAUCUGAAAAAACACGAACUGCCAAAGUUUCUACAAUAACUAAAUGUGAGAAAAAAGGAAAACUUAAAAAAAAAGAAGUAUAA